UCUCUUUGGUGCAUGCGUGGGAAGUUAAAUAACGAAACAUGCGGUAACCAAACAAAGUCCUAAAAGAAAACCAGCAAUAACAAAUAGUAAUAGUGAAUAACAGAGGAUGUAAAAAGCCUCACACUCAGAGUCACAGAAUCCUCGCGCCCACAAGCAAAACAGAGAGAAAAAAGAAAGCAGAAAUGGGAUCAUUCCCAAAAGCAAAACCCAACAACACUCACACCGACACCAACACCAACACCCAUAACAGGGUUAUGGGUUUUCUCCUAGUUUUCUUUCCGGAAGAGAAUAACAAUACAACACCAACCAUUGCUACCAAAAGUACCAAACCCAACCUUGUAUCUUCUUCUCCCUCUCCACAUUCCUUGAAGAGAAUUAGUUCCAGUUCCAACAAUGCCCUUCUCUCCAAAGCCCAGUCCACUAUCUCAAUAUGCUUCCUCCUCCUCUUCACUACCCUCCUUCUCUUCACACUCUCCACAUUCGAACCCACACACCACAAACCUCGCUCCAUACCCCCCAAAUCCAAACUCCGCAAAAACACCUCCUCAAGCGACGUCGCUUUCCCCUCCACUGCGCUCCAGCGUAUGGGCACGCUCUACCGCAGAGGCACCCGAGCCAUGAACGACAUCGUCGUUUGCCACGUACCCGAAGACACUACUCACGACGAAUUCCGAAUCUUCCUCAGACUCCUCCACCGCUCCGGCCUCACUUCCAAAUCCGACGUCGUCUUCAUCUUCGUCUCUGCCUCCUCUUCAACCACUUUCGCUCACAUUGUCCACGAAGAGAACACCUCAUUCCUCUCGCUCAUUAACCUCCACGCUCAGUUGAACUCGACUCAGUGGGCCAAACCGUCCGAGUCGAACUUCGACGCGACUCGUUUCUUGAAAGCUCCCAAGAAAGGAGAACCGCUCUGGGGAAAGAAAAUUCGGACGAAUUAUAGUGGCUCGGAAGGUGAGUUGAGUCGGGCGAGUUAUGGGUCGGUGCUUAGUUUUGAUGCCAACGAACUCGAUCCAGAGAACUCGUUGGCUGGUUUUUUGGACCGAGUUCCACUCAGUUUGAGAAGGUGGGCCUGUUACCCCAUGUUACUCGGGCGCGUGAGGAGGAACUUUAAACACGUGACCCUUGUGGAUGUAAAAAAUGUGGUCAUUUUUAAUGACCCACUCGGACGAGUCAGGAACCAGAGUCCCGAGUCGGUUUUCGUGUACCCUAAUGCAAAACACGGUAGGAACUCCGAGAGGACUCAGUCGCAUCACCCGGUUAACUCAGUGAUUCUGAUGGGCGGCGCCCGCGGGAUCCGGCGCGUGUCGCACGCCAUGCUCGUUGCGAUUGUUCGGGCCGCAAUGCAGCCGCACAAGAGGAAGAACUCGGUGUCCGACUCGGCGAUUCUGAGUCAACUCGUAAGGAACAAGUUUGCAUUGAGGAACGUUCACUUAAUUGUCUCGGGGGAGUCGAUUCCGGAAGCGAGUUCACUCGCUGGGUCAACAUCGUUUUCGGAUUGUACAAUAAUUCAGCGGGGUACGGGUAAUUAUUAUGACCUCAAUUCUAUUGUUAAGAAGCAAAUUUGUUCUUCUGUGAUGGAUUCUUUUGUUUAUAACAGUGAUUGUAAGCAUCAGGUAAAAGUAGAACAAUAAUGAGAAAAUAGGGGGGAAAAAUUAACGAGAAAAUUCGUGUAUUUAUUGAACUUACUUGUACUAGUAGUUUUAUAGUAGCAUAAAUUUUCCCACCGUCUCUCCUCUAUUAUUAGUUUUGUAGUUAGUUGCAUAUAUUUAUUGUUCUUUCCCUGUG